GCAAAUACAUUAUAUCGCCACUAAUUCAGAAAUUAGCUAAAGAAAAAGAUAAAAUCCUAGCCAUUAAAUCUUGCUAGCACGAUCAUUUCAGUCCAGUUCUUACUCAGUAAUGAACCACUGCUGAACCUGUUAUUUUAUCUCGAAAACAUAAUGUGAACCAACCACUGCGAUUAUUGAAACGCCAAACUCCACUGUCCCUUAUCCCACCCUGUACAUCUGACCUGUGUUUACAAAACAAAAGCACUUUAUUGCAAGAAAAAUAAUGCGCGUCGACAUUUCGUGCCUAAGCUGUAGAACCUUAUUAUAGAAUAUCAUGAACUGUCGAUCAGAAGUCCUGGAGGUGUCAGUGGAGGGCAGGCAGGUGGAUGAGGCCAUGCUAGCCCUCCUGCACACGAUCCUCCUGCACCGCAGCACAGGUAAAUUUCACUAUAAGAAAGAGGGCACGUACUCCAUUGGCACGGUGGGAACUCAAGACGUGGACUGCGACUUCAUCGACUUCACAUUAGUGCGAGUGUCUUCUGAUGAGCUGGACAGGGUUAUCAGGAAAGCGGUAGCCGAAUUUAAGGAUGCUCUUGGUAAUUCUGGGAGUGAUGGCAUGGGUCAGAUCUCUUUGGAGUUCUACCAGAAGAAGAAGUCGCGCUGGCCCUUUUCAGACGAAUGCAUCCCGUGGGAGGUCUGGAGCAUCAAGGUGAACGUGGUGAACCUGGCCAACGAACAAGAGCGCCAGAUCUGCAGGGAGAAGGUUGGCGAGAAGCUCGGCGAGAAAGUCAUCAACAUCGUGGAGGUCAUUAACCGUCAUGAGUAUCUUCCCAAGAUGCCCACACAAUCGGAGGUGGACAAUGUGUUCGAUACGAGUUUGAAAGACGUCCAGCCGUAUCUGUACAAGAUCACGUACCAGAUCACUGAUUCUCUGGGCACGUCAGUGAGCACUACCAUGAGGAGGCUAAUCAAAGACACACUGGCAUUGUAAAAGACAGUCAAGCAGCUGAAGCCAGAUGCUUCAUGGACGUUUAUGAUGAUCUUGUAAAAAUAGAAAAUCAUUGCAAUGGGAUUUUUAAAUAAAUUCACUACACUUUCCCUGAAUAAUAAUGCUGUCCACUAUGUUUGCAUCAGCUAAUUCAAGCAAGCAAAUUAUUCAUACUUUUGUUGUUUUUUAAAUAAAAUCUAAUUAUGUUCCCUGAAUUAUAUAUUUUUUUCUUCCAAAUUUGUCUGAAUUUUUGUUACCCUGAUAAGUA